UAGUAAAUGUCGGUGUCAGCGUUGCUGCGAGGUUAGAUUUUCAACGACGUUUGACUGAAUUCCUUGUCAUCUCCUUUCAGUAUAUCAUCAUCACUUAACUAGUUAAUCUGGACGUCAAACAUUUGGCGUCAAUUGUCCAUUGAUAUUGAUUGAGGGGUUUUAUACGACUGAACUGAAGUCUAAAACAGAGAAUAGUUCGAAGUUCAAUUUGGUUUAUUCUACAGGUGUUUGCUCCAAGGCUUGAAAACUGGCGUUAUAAUUGAGGUUUAUGGCUUAGAAAAUCUCGGUUUAAUUUUUACGCCCAAAAUAUUAUCAUUAAAAAAGAUCUCUUAAAUCUGAAGUAAUCUAUCAAAGUGCUCUGCAAUUAAUUGGAUUCAUUUCGCCUCAAAGGGUUUCUUUCAUUUGUCUAAGCCUGUAAUAAUUCCUUAACUGUAGAAUUAAAAUCUUUGAUCCAGUAUUCAAGAUUGCUGCUCAUAAUUCAUCGUACGAUCAAUUAAAUUAUUUGAACCGAACCGAAGGUUAUCAGAGUUUACUGUAUUCAAACUUUUAUCAGCAUAAUUUUGGCCAUCAUUAUAGCUUUGCCGACUGUAUUCAGCAGCAUUCUUCUGAUUACAAGAUCACAAAAGCGUGUGUCUUGAGCAUCAUAAAGCGAUUGCAAUUAUCUCCAAUUUUAUAUUACUGUAUCGGAUUUUUUCAAGAUACACCCGAGUACUGUUUCUUCAAGGAGCUCGACACCAUGUUCAACGAGGAUCAUUCUAUGUUCCUUAAUGCCUGUUACGGCACUUUGUUCACGUGGGGAAUGACAGCAGCAGGUGCGGCCUUGGUCUUCUUUUGCCGUAAAGCCUAUCGGAAGUUCCUGGACGCAAGUCUGGGUUUUGCGGCUGGGGUGAUGGUCGCAGCCAGUUUCUGGUCGCUUAUUAACCCGGCUAUUGAAAUGGCAGAGGAGUCUGGCAAUUAUGGCGAGUUUGCGUUUGUUCCAGUGGCGAUCGGAUUUGGAAUUGGUGCUGCUUUCGUGCUCGGUGCAGAUGUGCUGGUAGAGAAAAUAGGGAUGAACUCACAGAGCCUGUACGAGACCAUUUUCCAGGCAGAGACAGGUGCCAUAUCAGUGGAACAAGAACUGAAUAAUCCGGCCACUAGUUCGGAUGCAACAUUAGAACUAGCUGAUAAAGCUCUUGCCGAUGAACAUGUCACACAGUCUAAACAAGGGAAAGAGUCGCCCCUUAAGAGCUCAAAUGGUGCCUCUUUUGGGCCAAAACCAUCCAACGUAGACGUUGAAGACAACAAGGAAGGCAUCUUGACAGAUGACAUGAACGUAUGUGAUAAAACGCUUCUAUGCUUCAAUAAAUUUUACAGACAGAAGAGCUGGCACAGAAUGUUGCUGCUGGUUAUUGCCAUUACAGUCCACAAUAUUCCAGAAGGUCUAGCAGUAGGAGUUGCAUUUGGGGCUGUCGGAAAAAGUGACUCUGCGACGUUCAGCAGUGCCAAGUCUCUUGCUCUCGGGAUUGGAAUCCAGAAUUUCCCAGAAUUUGCGGGGCCGUUGCCGACAACGGUGAAGGGUGAGAACCAGCCUUCCGGAUUGGUGUGA